AUGACAACACUUUCCAAUCUCAAAGGAAAUUGGGUUGUGCUGGCUAAUACUAUAAAAAGAAAACCAUGUUUAAUUUUAUGUCCUGAUUACGUGGAGAUUGCGUUUUACAUAUAUGCAAAAUUGUUUCAACACUUGGACCAACAAAUUUUAGGUGGGAAACCAGAGUUGGGAUUUGACUGA